AUGAAGAUUAAAGAACUGAAGAAGACUGUUAAUGUGAGCUGGUCGCCAGCGGAGCAUUAUCCCAUAAUGCUCGCGGCCGGCUCCGCUGCUCAGCAAGUGGAUGCUUCCUUUAGCUCCAAUGCUUCGCUGGAACUUUACUCCUUGAAUUUGGAGGAACCCGGAAUGGAUUUAGAGCUUAAAUCCAGCUUGCAGGCACAACAUAAAUUUCAAAAACUUGUUUGGUCAGGAGCUGGAGUUAUUGUAGGAGGAUGUGAUGGAGGCCUUCUUCAGUUCUACAAUUCUGAGAAAUUAUUGAGCAACUCCACAGAAGCACUAGUUGGAAGUAGUACAAAACAUAAUGGCCAUGUGUCAGCGCUUGACAUCAAUCCCUACCAGAGGAACCUGCUCGCAUCAGGAGCUUCGGAGAGUGAAAUCUUCAUCUGGGACUUGAACAACACAAGUCAGCCAAUGGCGCCGGGAAAUAAAAAUCAGCCAUUCGACCAUGUUCAAGGCUUGGCUUGGAAUCAGCAGGUUCAACACAUUUUGGGCUCUACAUUUGCCAACAGAUGCGUUGUCUGGGACUUGAGGAAGAAUGAACCAAUUAUGAAACUCAGUGACGCCCAGUCUCGUACUCGCUGGCGCUCUCUAGCGUGGCACCCGUCCGUUGCCACCCAGCUCUGCAUCGCUUCGGAGGACGACCAGGUGCCUGUGGUGCAGCUGUGGGACCUUAGACUGGCCGCCUCGCCACUGGUGACACUUGAAGGUCACCAGAAGGGAGUGCUGUCCCUCUCGUGGUGUCGACAGGAUCCAGAUCUUCUAUUGUCGGCUGGUAAAGACGGCCGCAUACUCUGCUGGAAUCCCAACAAUACUCAGCCGGGCGGCGAGCUGGUGAUGGAGGUGAGCCACAGCGACGCGUGGGUGUUCGAGGCGUCGUGGUGCCCCCGCAGCCCUGCGCUGCUGGCCAGCGCCUCCUUCGAGCAGCAGGUGGCGCUGCACGCGCUGCUCGCCUCGCCGCCCAUCGAGACGAGCGCGCAGAGCCAGAGCAGCAUGCUGGAGUCGUUCGGCGGCGCGGACGCGCUGCACGCGUUGCCGGCCGUGGCGCGCGCCCCCGCCCUCGGCCGCGCGCACCAGCCGCAGCCCGUGCGCGCCCCGCGCUGGCUGCGCCGCCCCGCCGCCGCGCGCUUCGCGUUCGGAGGCAAACUCGUCACUUUCGAAAAGUGUCCACAGGAGGCCGGCUCACAGAAAUUAGUCUACAUUAGUCAGGUGGUGAGCGACCCGCAGGUGGCCACGAAGGCGGCAGAGCUGGACGAGGUGCUGGCUCUCACGCGCAGCAGGGACCCCUCCGCCGCUAACGCGCUGGCCGAGUACUGCCGCUCGCGCGGAGACGCCUCCCCGGAGCAGAGCGAGCGCUACGCGUGGUUCUUCCUCCGCGCCAGCUUCCUGCCCACCUUCAGGGCGGAGCUGCUCAACCUCCUCGGUUUCAGACAGGACGAGAUCCCGUCCAAGUUCAAGAGCCAGCCAACAGGAGACGCGCCAGCGGCAGACUUGGCGGCCCUGAGUCGGGGCGAGUCCACGGAGACGGAGGCGGAGCUCUCGACCGACACCAGCACAGACCUCUCGGAGGCUCACACCCUAAUCGAGAGGAAACUGGCGAAUAUCGAUUUGGAGCCGACAGUAUCUAACGUCGUCAUACCCAACGGUGACGAUGCGAGUAGUUUGAUCUGCCGCGCGCUGGUGUGCGGCCACGUGGAGGAGGCGGCCGAGCUGUGUCUGCAGGCGGGACGGGUGGCCGACUGCGCUGCUCGUCGCCUCACUGGCGAGGAGCUGGUGCGGCGCGUGCAGCGGUGGCACCUGGCGGCCACGGCGCGCGACCCCGUGUCGCUGCUGGCCGGCAGCGUGGCGCAAGCGCACUGGCGGCGGCUCGUGGACGCCGCGGCGCCGCGCAGCUGGAAGCACGCGCUGGCCGCGCUGCUGGCGCACUGCGACGACGCCGCGCUGCCCAGCCACUGCGAGAUGCUGGGCGAGAAGCUGAGCCGCGAGUCGGAGCCGUCGCUGCGCGCGGCGGCCACGCUGUGCUACGCGUGCGCAGCGCGCGCUCCGCCGCAGCGGGAGCUCUGCGCGGACCCCGCCGAGCUGGCCCGGCGCGCCGAGCGCGCGCUGCUGCUGCGCUGCGCCGCCGCCGCCAGGGGGCGCCCCGUGCAGGCGGAGGAGGUGGACAUUUCGCUGGUGCAGUAUGCGAGCCGGCUCGCGGAGCAGGGCUGUCUGCAGAGCGCCAUCGCAGUGCUGCAGGACACGCAGCACCCGCUCGCGCAGCGUCUGCGUGCUGCGCUACAGCAGCACCCGCAGCAGCAGCACCAACUGCAGCAGCAGCAGCAGCAGACCCACCAGCAGAACCACUACCAGCACUACCAGCAGCAACAGGUGGCGUCGGGCGGCCGCAGCGCGCACGGCGACGGCUCUGGCGCCUUCGGCUCUGGGGUGCCGCUGGGCAGCGAGGCCAGCAGCUGGCAGGCGCAGCGGGCGCUGAGGCCGCCCCCCGCCGCGCCCACGCCGCCCAUUGCCGGCCCCGUGCCAGCCGGUGGCGGUAUUACAGGCCGCUCGAAAUACAAAGUGGACCCCUCGGUCCGGGCCGCACCCGCCUACGGCAGCUACGGCGGCCAGUACGGUGCCCAAUACGGCGGCCAAUAUGGCGCGCAGCCGGUCACGACGCAGCCGCAGCACUACGCGGGCUACAACAGCCCGCUGCCCGACCACUACGGGGCGGCCAGCGUCCCCGCGCCCGCCAACACCAUCGCCCCCAUAAACCCCGCGCCCCUCAACCCCAUGAACGCCAUGAACCCAAUGAGCCCCAUGAGCCCCGCCCCCUUGAACCCCACGAGCCCGGCGCCGCACAACCCCGCCACCAACGGCGGCUACCCGGCCGACGCGCCCCCCGCCCGCCCCGUGCCCCCCGGCUGGAACGACCCGCCCAUGAUGACCUCCAAGCCCAAGGCCAAGCAAGAGGUGACUGCCCAGCCGCCGAUCACACACCCCCUCUUCGGCGUGGAGCCGCCACAGCACGUCCCUCUGCAGGGGCCCAUGCAGCCCAUGCAACCCAUGCAAGCCAUGCAGGGAAUGCAACCCAUGCAAACGCAACAACCCUAUGUUCAGUCGGUGGCGCCACCGGCUCCUGAGCCAGUGGCCGUGCAGAAGCCUCCCCUGCCCGAGCAGUUCGCGCCCCUUCAAGCGGUCUUCGACUCGCUCAGGAACGAGUGCCUCAGCAAAGCCACAAAUCCUCAAAUGAAGAGAAAACUGGAGGAUAUUCAGAGGAGGUUGGAGACGCUAUACGAUCUGUUGCGAGAGUAUAAGCUGUCGGAGGGCGCGCGCGGGGCGCUGUGUGCGUGCGCCGAGCUGGCCGCUCAGGGCGAGUGGGCGUCGGCGCUGCAGCAGAGCGCGGCGCUGGCGUCGGGCGCCGACUUCGCGGCCGCCGCCUCGUUCCUGCCCGGCCUCAAGCUGCUGCUGCAGGCCAGCGCGCAGCUGCAGCUGGCCCCGCGCCAGCGG